GUUUGGUGAGUGGAAUGGAAACAAACAUGGCAGCCUCAUGAAGUCCUCACAUUUAACAAAGGUUGUUGACAUUUUAACGAUAUUAUUAUAGAAAUAUCCGAGGAAUUAUUAUGACUAUGCUCAGCGUGACAAUAAAGGAGGCGUCCUUAGCGCUUAGAGAGGGAAAGAUCUCUCCUGUUGAACUCUGUAGGAAAUGUCUGAACAGAAUCAAGAAAACACAACAUAUAAAUGCUUACAUCUCUGUGACAGAGGAACAAGCUUUGACACGGGCGCAGGAGGCUGAAUCUAGACUUGUUAAAGGUUCUCCUAAAGGUUUGUUAGAUGGAAUUCCUUUUGCAGUCAAGGAUAACUUUAGCACACAGAACAUCAAAACAACAUGUGCCUCCAAGAUGCUGAAAGACUACACUCCUCCAUUCAAUGCUACUGUUGUGCAGAAGUUGCUUGACCAAGGAGCUGUCCUAUUGGGGAAAACGAACAUGGAUGAGUUUGCUAUGGGAUCAGGAAGUACAGAUGGAACAUUUGGACCAGUGAGAAAUCCCUGGGGUUAUGCUGCUCCGUACAGAGAAAACACAGGUCUGGACCCCGACUCUGACUGGGUGGUGACUGGAGGGAGCUCAGGCGGAAGUGCAGCGGCUGUUGCAUCACUCACCAGUUAUCUAGCACUUGGUUCAGACACUGGGGGCUCUACUCGUAACCCAGGUGCACUGUGUGGUGUUGUAGCUCUGAAGCCCACUUAUGGUUUAUUGUCCAGACAUGGUCUUAUUCCUCUUGUCAACUCUAUGGAUGUCCCAGGCAUCAUGACUCGCAGUGUUGGUGAUGCAGCUUUAGUCUUAGAUGCUUUGCAAGGUGUUGAUGUAAAAGACUCAACUACCAUCCUGCCUCAGUCGUCACUUGCACCAUUCCCUGAAGAUUUUGAUGUCAGUACCUUACGUGUGGGAAUCCCCAAAGAGUAUCAUGCCCCAGGCCUGUCUAAGGAGACAGUGGAGCAGUGGAGUCGUGUUGCAGACAUGUUUGAGAGAGCUGGUGCCCGGGUGGAGCAGGUGUCCCUCCCCCACACUCAAUACUCCAUUGUGUGUUACCACGUCCUGUGCUGUGCUGAGGUGGCCUCCAACAUGGCUCGUUUUGAUGGGUUAGAAUAUGGACAUCGCAGUGAAAUGGACAGCUCCACUGAAACCAUGUAUGCCACCUCCAGACAUGAGGGCUUCAAUGACGUAGUGAGAGGAAGGAUUCUGUCUGGAAACUACUUCUUGCUUAAACAGAGCUAUGAGCAUUACUUCUUAAAGGCCCAGAAAGUCAGACGUCUAAUAACAGAGGAUUUUAAACAUGUCUUUAACUCUGGGGUUGAUGUGCUGCUGACUCCCACCACUCUAUCAGAUGCCACUCGAUAUUCUGACUUUACACAAGAAGAUAACCGAACUCGCAGUCUACAGGAGGAUGUCUUCACUCAGCCUGUCAACAUGGCAGGUCUACCAGCUGUUUCUAUACCAAUAGCUCUGUCCCGGAGAGGCCUUCCCAUUGGACUUCAGCUCAUCGCUCCAGCACUUCAGGAUAAGAGGCUCCUGUCUGUUGCCCAAUGGAUCGAACAGAGGGUCGCCUUUCCCUCCAUCAGUGACUUUGAAGAACCCAGUGAGGGCAGUGAGCAAUGCCAAAAGACCAUAAGGAAACAUAUUGUAUAAUUGUUUAAGACAUAUUAUGGUGACAGUGUGCAUAAAACCAAGAAUUAUGUUUAUUAUGUAGUAGAGUGCAUUUCCUUUACAGCUUCCUUUCUUUAAAGUUUCUUGUCAGGUUAUGAAUCAUUUCUGUAUAUUCAGGUAUAUAAAACCACCAAAACCUAGUUAAGUAAUGUUUUGUCUAUAUAUGGACAUGGCAUUAAUGAGCAUUUUGGUGGAAAAACACUAUACAGGGACAUUAAAAGUCAGUUAGGAUUAUUUGUUUUAAAUGUUUUCAACAGAAACACAAGAGCACAUACGUUUGAUAGAUCUGCAUCUCUCUGAAAUUCUCAGUUCUUUACAAUCCCCUUCUCUACCAUUUUAGUGCAUUAACUCCAUUUCUGCUUGAUUUUGACAAUGUAAUAGUGAAGUUAGUUUUUAUAAACAUACUUUUAAUACAUCA